AUGAUGAAGAAUGGAGGAGGUGAUAUUAAGAUUAAUGUUGAUAUGCUGGCAACUGAACUGGAAAAGAUGAUAUCUGAUAACGUACCAAUACUACCAAAACGUAGUCCUAGUUGCAUCUUUCGAGUCCCAAACAUAUUGUCAAGGCAUAAUCCAAAAGCUUAUGAACCCAGUGGAUUUUCAAUUGGGCCAUUUCACUACAACAAACCAAAUUUGAAAGCCACACAGAAAAUCAAAAUGAGAUAUUUGCGUGAACUCAUCAUCUCCCGUUUUCCAAACACAAACCCUAAGACCAAAUUGAGAGAUCUUAUGGAAGCCAUUAGCAAGGUUCAAAAAGAGGCUCAUGAGUGCUACGAAGGAUCUAUCAAUGUGAGUAUGGAUGAAUUUGUCAAAAUUUUGGUACUUGAUGGGUGCUUCCUCAUUGAGUUGUUUCGCAAAUCCUCUAACAAAGAACUUAGAGGAAAAGAUGACCCCAUCUUUGGUGUGGGUUGCAUGAACACAAUGCUAGGGUAUGACUUGGUUUUGUUGGAAAACCAAAUACCUUGGCUGGUGCUUGAGUGUUUGUUUCACAACACCAUCAAUAAUCUUGAUGCAAAUCUCCCUUUGACUUCACUAGUCCUUAAUUUCUUUGGUAUCUCUAAAGAAGUAGGAGAUAAUUAUCAAAAUAAUCUUGAAUAUGGACACAAGCACAUUCUACAUCUGUUCAGAAACUUAUUUAUAUUGCCUUCUACUCUAGCAAAACAGAAGAGAGAUUUGAACUGUUCCACCAACGAUUGGCAAAUGAUGCCAUCAGCCACAAGUCUACACGAGGCAGGAAUUAAGUUUAAGAAGGCUACGAGUGGUACAUUCUCUAGUAUUUUGGAUAUUCAAUUCAAAAAUGGUGUCCUGGAAAUUCCACCAAUAUUCAUUCAAGAUGGCACAGAAUCUUUAUUUCGAAAUCUAAUAUGUUUGGAGCAGUGUCUCCCUCAUUGUGAAGAACUGAUCAGUUCUUACAUGGCAUUGUUUGACGGCCUUAUUAGUAAUGCCAAAGACAUGGAAAUAUUAAUAAAGAGUGAGAUCAUAAAAGAAUGGACGGGUACUAAAAAUACAACUAUAUUCUUCAACCAAAUUGUCAGUGAUACUAAUAUGUCUCAUUUCUAUUAUCUUGGUCUUGUCUUGGAAAUGAAUAAAUAUUGUGGACGCCGGUGGCUGAGAUAUCGAAGAGUGCUCAUGCGUGACUAUUUCAAACACCCGUGGACUCUCGUUUUAGUCUUGGUUUUUGCCAUCUUUCUCGUUCUUACUUUUUUACAGACUUUAUUUACCAUUAUUAAAUAG